AUGUCGACAAUGAGCGGUCAGCGAGGCACACCGAAAGGGAAGAGCGAGUAUGCUCAAGGAUCAGGAGGCACACUUUCUGGUAUCCCCCGACCGAAGCUGGAGUCGACCAUCAGCGAUGCGAACACAUCUCUCAGUGCCAGCAGGGCGAAGACGUCGAAACGCGAUGAGGCACUACGGAAGAAGCUUGAGGGCGACCUCAGUAAGAAGAGAGGUGCUGCCGGGCGAGCACGACAGACGAGGAAAGCACCACCUGGCACAGUCCUCGCUCUCCGACCGAACCAGGCUCUCCAGAUCAGGCCUAACACGACUGUCACCGAGGCAGCCCAGAUGAUGGCCGCUAAGCGCGAAGACUGUGUGCUUGUGACAGACGACGAUGACCGGAUCGCCGGUAUCUUCACUGCGAAAGAUCUGGCGUUCAGAGUGGUUGGUGCUGGGCUUAAGGCGAACAGCGUGACCAUUGCAGAGAUUAUGACGAACAACCCGCUAUGCGCCAACACAGACACCAGUGCAACCGAUGCGCUUGACCUCAUGGUGCGGAAAGGCUUCAGGCAUUUGCCAGUCAUGGACGAGAACCACGAUAUCUCUGGUGUGCUGGACAUUACAAAGUGUUUCUACGAUGCCAUGGAGAAGUUGGAGCGUGCAUACACAUCUUCGAAGAAGCUCUACGAUGCGCUAGAGGGUGUGCAAGCAGAGCUUGGCUCAAGUCAGCCGCAACAGAUUAUCCAGUACGUCGAGGCUGUUCGUCAGCGCAUGUCUGGCCCAACUCUCGAGUCAGUCUUGACUGGCCUACCACCCACCACUGUCUCAGUCCGGACGAGCGUCAAAGAGGCGGCCCAACUCAUGAAGGAAAAUCACACCACUGCAGUUCUAGUGCAGGAUCAAGGCCAGAUCACUGGUAUCUUUACGUCAAAGGAUGUCGUCUUGCGUGUCAUUGCUGCAGGUCUCGACCCAGUCACCUGCAGUGUGAUUCGAGUUAUGACACCCCACCCAGACUUUGCGCCUUUAGAUAUGAGCAUCCAGCAAGCGCUCAGAAAGAUGCAUGAUGGCCACUACUUGAACCUCCCAGUCAUGAACAAAGAAAGCGACGAGAUUGUCGGUAUGGUCGAUGUUCUCAAGCUUACCUAUGCUACUCUUGACCAAAUCAACGGCAUGUCGACGGGCGACAACGAGGGUCCCGCCUGGAACAAGUUCUGGAUGUCGAUGGAUCAUGGAGACACCGAGUCAAUGAUGUCUGGGGAAGGCAGCCACAGUCAUGCUCCCGAUGCACGAUCUGGCAUGAUGUCGCCCGAAGUGCCCCAGAGACUUGGUUUCGAGCGUGGAGACAGCGUCCUUCCCACAGACUCGGCAUCUCACAACGGCGGCGAGGAUGAGGCAUCUGCUCUUGCUGGUGCAAUCGAGGAUAAGCCCUUCACCUUCAAGUUCAAGGCUCCGGGUGGUCGCAUCCAUCGCCUGCAAGUCGUUGCUUCGGCCGGUCUCGCAGAGUUCGUGGGCCACGUCGCCGAAAAGCUUGGUCACGAAGCUGAUAGUAUUGGUGGCGUUCCCACAUUCGAGGACGGCAAGCUCGGCCACGCUGGCUUCGCGCUGAGCUACAUGGACAACGAGGGAGAUACUGUCUCCAUUACGACUGAUCAUGACCUACUCGAGGCUAUCAUGAUGGCUCGCACAGCUCGCAAAGACAAGGUCGAUCUCUUCGUGCAUGAUCCGGAAAAGCCCGCUCUGCCAGUCACCGUCGACCCACAACCUGCCAUCAUCCCACCUACACCACCUGAGAGCUCGAUAAGACACCGCAAGCGAUACGAAAGCAGCGACGAGCAAGAAGAGGAAGACUCGCCCAGCGUCCGUCGACGAGAACGCAAGUCGACGGCACCACAACCUGCGAAGGCUCAAGAAGCCAUCAUUCCGGGUGUACCCAACGAGCUGCUAUUGCCAGGUGCUGUCCUGGUGCUUGGUGUUGUGAUUGUCAUCACGUUCACGCUUGGCCGGUCCAGCAGGUAA